CCAGGUACAGCACGACUACACGAGCUCGGCUUUGAUCUUCUGUCAGGUCGAAUUACAGAAAAAUUUUGUGUAAGACCUUUCUUCACUUAGCUCUUGCUUACCUCAUUCGGAAACUCCUUUAAUCUGUGGGUGAGCCCAAAUUUACUUCAAUCAAGCUUUGUGUGCUGCACUCUGAAUUUAUUGUCUUGAUGUUCUUCCUCUCUGUGUUCACAAGCCCACUACGAAAGCAUUUUGCUUUUGUCAAUUUCUGGGAUUGGCUUAAUCUCAUUUGUUUAAUAUAGAGCCACCACCAAAUGAUCAAGGUAUAAGGCAAGGACAGCAGCAGCUGCAGUCAAAAGUUCCAGAGUUCCAAUUUGAGAGUGAGCCUCUGGUUCGGUCUUUGUUGUGGGGUUGUGUACAAGGUUUAUGUUUGGUUCCGGCAACUUUCGGAUGGUCAUGUUGUAACAAGCUACAUGUACAGGCUCAAAUAAUGCAGCUUAAAGCAUUUCAAAUGGAAGCUGAUGUGAUUCACUCUGUCACUACUAGCUGGGCGUGAUGUUACCAAGGAAGUAAUCCAAGAGGUGAUCUGCAAAGUUGCAAGGCAGGCAGCGUACUUACUUUCUGUAUUAUUUAUCCUCUUUGAAAUCUUCUAUGGAUAUUAAAGGGUAUUUGCUUUCACUGCAUUAAUGGUCAUCUGCAGUUUGUGAUCAUAUUUCCCAGUUUAACUUGCUAUUAUGAAUUUAUUUUAGAAUUUUGCAAUGAGAUUGAAAGCACACCUCUCGCAGGGAUUGGGGAGGUCAACCCUCGAAGUUUUAUUCAUUCCCUGCAAAUUCUUCUAUGACAUUAAAGGGCAUUUGCUUUCAAUUUUUACUUAAUCUGGAUGUGUAAUAUUUCAUUUAUAAUUAUUUCAAUUAUUCCGGGCUCCUUUUUUCAAUUCUCUUGGAACAAGAGAAAUAUGCCAAGAAGAUGGGCCUAGUGGACAGCUCAUGGUAAUACAACUCAUUUUGUAACAUGAUGAGCUUAAUGUAUAAGAGCUUCUUAAGUACUUUUCAAAAUUAAAAAUUAUGGAACUUUAUUUGUCUACCUAAUUAGAUACUUGCAGGUUAUAUAUCCUAGGGAAUAGGGAUGCAUAUCUUCUAUCAUGAACAUUUGGUUUUUUUCAUGGCUUCAGGCUGAGUCCUUGCAGAAUAUUUUUGUCUCUUUCCGCAGAAUUGAUAUAAUAAUCGAUGCAGUUACUGCAGGCUCAAAGAUCCCAUGCUUCCUCUGAUGCUGGAACCCAGCUCCCUAUCUAGUGGAGAUGUCUUCACUCUGUUGGCUUUAUUUCUUCAAAAUUUGGAAAGGAUUCCAAGCAAAGUCUUAUGUGGAGGGACUAGGGAGGUCAGGUCCUUUAAGUUCUGAUAAUUCGAGCCCACAGACAAGAUGACCCCCGACCCUCAGAUUUAAUCUAAAAGCAUUUACAAUGGCAUUGGGAUUUUCAAGCUGACGGGUGGGAUAUAUGCUUUGGUAAGCUGCACAGAUCUUUUCAUAACUUGAAGUUUCUUGGUUUGUAAUUGUGGCAUGAAUUGGAGUGGAAGUACAUUUUGCUAGUUAAAUUUGAAAUUGCAAGUAACUUAUUUUCUGAAGAUGUAUUCAAGUUUAUUUCUUCAUAUAUAUGUUCCUCUAUAUAAACAGCCCUUUAUUAUAUUAUAUUUAGAUUCUUAACAUUCAAAUACUCUAUGCAUAGUUAGACAGCGAGGAAAAAAAAUAGAUAUUUAGAGUUACAUAAUUAAGAUUUUGCAAUUGCAAAUAUUGAUUGGUUUAACUGUACAUGUUCGAUCAAUCUGUGACUUGAUAUUGCAUAUAUUAAUCCUUAUACAUGUCAAACUGAAGUCAUUUGCAGUUUUCUAUCGCAAUCCAUUUAAUUUCAGAUGAUGUCAUCAUAAGUUCAUUCAACUAUAGUCCAGCUAGAGAAAUUGAACCAUUUGCAGAACAGCAUUCUAUGUCAGAGGAUUAUCUAACAAUGAGAAUGCAUCAUCAAGAAGACUCUGCACCCAUUGUCAUGAUGUUUUACCAAGCUGGGUACUUUCUCUUCACUUAUCUCUAGUAGAUUCUCAUAAGUUGACCUUUGUAAUCUUUGAGGAGCAUGAUUAUUCGCUUGCUAGUUUGGCCACAUUAUACUUUGGCAUGGGAGACUAUUAUCUUAAUGACUUAAUCAUUUUUGAGGUAUGAAAGAGAAGUUAAGAGUGGACGUGACCCUGAGUUCCAUUCCAUGGAAACACUGGAAAUGACUCUGAAUGGCUUGUAAACAUCGAACUGGUAAAUUUUGACUUUUGUAAAACUUAGAUUAGCAGUUAGUUGAAAGCUUCAUAAUUAUUGCUUUUAACUUUCUUGGUUUGUCUAAUAUACUAAGGUCGUUGCCUAGUAAAGCAGUUGAGUCAUCUCUUUGAGUGUCUGGACUUGAUCAAAUGUAUUUUAGGAAGCUAUGAGAGUUGUGACCAUGAGCUGUAACGUGAGGAAGUUCCACACCACAUUUUGUCUUUGGUUGUACCUAGGUUGUGCUUUUGUCGGUUAAACUGAUUCAACUUAUGUCUUCAUCGGAUAUACAGCUAUAUCACUCUCUUUGUUUUUCCUCCUUUUGUAGGAUGGUUGUGGUGUAUUUCAGGUGAUUAAUUGGUGGUGGAAUUGAUACUAACAUCAUUCAUCAUGUGGAUUGUGAUAAUUCUUGUGGCUUGCAUCGAACACUGUUCUGUUAUGCCAUCUAGAAAGUUCUGUCAUGAAAAGUCCAUGAAGAGAAAUUGAACCUUCUGCAAAACAGCACUCUAUGCCAGAGGAUUAUCGAGAAAUGAUAAUGCACCAUCAAGAAACCUCCAGCAGACAUUGAACAUCUGCAAAACAGCACUCUAUGUCAGAGGAUUAUCGAGCAAUGAUAAUGCACCCUCUUACCAAAACUAGAGAAUUUAAAGGUGGAUGUGACCCUGAAUUCCAUUCCAUGGAAACACUCUGGGGAUGAUUCUUAAUGGCAACAUCAAACAAGUAACUUUGGACAUAACAAAGACAAUGCAGAUUAGCAGUUAGUUGAAUGCACCAUAAUAUAUUGCUUCUAGCUUUCUUCAUUUGUUGAAUGUAUUAAGAUGAAGCAGCCGUGACAUCUCUUUAAUUGUCUGCACUUAAAUUUAUUUCAGGAAGCUAUGGAAGGUUUGUGACCAUGAGCUAUCAUGUGAGCAAGUUUGACUCCAGAUUUUUUGUUGUUGUACCUAUCUAGGUUGUGCUUUUGUUGGUUCAACUUCUGUCUUCAUUGUUUAUAUAGAUGUCACUGUGCCUUUUUUUUUUCUUUUUUCUUUUCAGAGGAAUGUUACAAUGCACUUGAGAUGAUUAGGUGAUUAGUUGGUUGUGAAAUUGGUACUGCCAUCUAGCUAGAGUCUAUCUUAUAUAUUAUAGCUAGAACAUUACUUCCAUUUCUAUAUAAAGUGUUUCUAGCUUCUUGGUUGCAAACUUGCAACUAAUACUGUGUCAUUGAUGUUUUUGUGUUUUAGAUGGACAGAAAAAUUGCAGUGCCAGCUCUUGCGGUUGAACCAAUUGAGUGCAAGUGCAGUCGUCCUCAGGGACACUUGAAAGCUGUUCUUUCGAUGGUCUUCACAGCACUUGCAACAAUUUUUGGUUUUCCUUUUUGAACAAUUUGUCCUUAAUUUUUGUUUGCUCGAAAAACUUUUGAAAGGGAAUAUGUUAACAACUUAACAUUGAAUGACUAUCAUGCAUGUUUGCUAUGCAAGAUGCCGAGUUCCUUUCUAAAAUCUUUCUUGUUCUUUAUAUAAAUCAAUUGCACGAUACAAGAGUAGAAGAAAAACUAGAAGGGAAAGCAAAGCUACAUCUCAAAUGCCAAUCUCACUCUAGCAUAAACCAUCUAAUAUGGCGUUCAACCAUGAUCAACUACAGAGAAGCAACUAAUGUUGGCUCCAAAUUAGACAGAGUUGCUACACGACCUUGGUCUCUGUAGUUGAUUGUGUCUCUAUGGAAUCAAAGGCAUCGGUCCAUUGGAUCCAUUAUUGAUCAUGCGCUUAGGUCUUCGUCAAGCUUUACUCAAGUGGCUCUGGACAGAGAGACAUGAAUCAUUGAUCUGUGGGUCACGUGGGAACCACGAAGUCAAACUUGGCGCGCAUCAGCAGUCGGCCACAUGCAGCAAGGACAAUAGCACAUGACCAAUAAUUUAUAAUUGUUGCUUUUCUGCAUUGUUGCUUUCUCGUUUCUCACAUUGCUCUUUUUAUAAUGCCAGUGCUGACCAGAAAAAAAUAAAGUUGUGGCUAUAAAGGAAAUUGUCGUGAUUGAAGAUAUUUGCCCACCAAUAAUUCUUCAAAUCACAUCAUAUAAACCUGGUUCAGGGGAGUAGCAUAUCGCCACACCAGAAAACCUUGUUACUUGAAGCAAGUCCAUUUUCUCAUUUCUCUUUUUCUUUCCUCUGACAAUCAAUUUCAGAACACCACAAUGGCUGAAGCACUUGUGUCCUUCCUUGUAGAGCAGUUGGGUUCCUUCACCUUCCAACAUGUGGAACAACAUGUGAAACUUGUUGUGAAUGUCGAAAAGGAAGUAGCAACUCUUACUCUCAACCUCGAUGCUAUUCAAGCUGUGCUAGCGGAUGCAGAGAGGAGGCAAGUCAAGGAGGACAGCGUGAGACGCUGGCUCAACAAUCUGAAAGAAGUGUCGUACGAGGUAGACGAUGUGGUGGACGAGUGGAGCACUGAAAUCAUGAAACAACAAAUCGAGAACGAAGGUGACAAUGCUAUUGUACCUAAGAAGAAGGUAUGUUUCUCUAUUCCGUUCCGUUGUCUUUGUACUGGCCAAGUCACUCGGAUAAUUUCUCGUCAUGACAUUGCUGUGAAGAUAAAAGAGUUGAAUGAGAAGUUAGCAUUGAUUCACAGACAGCAAAAAUUUUAUAAGUUUCUUCAAAAUGAAAUAGAAUUUGAGCAACCUGAACGAUUGAAAAGUUUCUCAAUUGUCGAUAAAUCUGGGACAUUUGGUAGAGACAACGAAAGGAAUAAACUAGUAAGCGAGUUAGUGAGUGAGAAUAGUGAAGAAAGGAAGACGCCUCUUGUCAAAUCUAUUGUAGGUAUGGGGGGGAUAGGCAAAACAACUCUUGCCCAACUAGCCUAUAAUGAUGAAAAAGUAAAGGCUUGUUUUCAUACAAGAAUAUGGGUUUGUGUCUCAGAACCCUUUGUACAAAUUGCGGUUGCCAAAGCCAUCCUUGAGGGUCUUGAAGUCAAAGACUCACAGUCAAAUGAGUUAGGAACUUAUCUUCAACACAUAUCUAAGUCCAUUGAGGGCAAGAAGUUCCUUCUUGUCCUAGAUGAUGUUUGGGACUCAAACCAUAGAAAGUGGGAGCCUUUCUUGACAACAUUACAGUGUGGUGGCUUAGGGAGUAGAAUUUUGGUUACAACGCGAAUAACGCAAGUUGCUAGUACACUGGGAGCAACUAGCGACCACACAAUCCAUUUGAAGGAGUUGGGUGAAGAAACUUGUAGGUCAUUGUUCUAUCACAUUGCAUUUUUUGACGGUGAAAGAAAAGAGUCUAAAAAGUUUGAAGAUAUUGGUAAUGAAAUCGUGAAAAAGUGCAAAGGCUUGCCUCUUGCUGCUAAGACUUUGGGUAGUCUAAUGCGGUGUAAGAAAACACUGCAACAAUGGGUAGAGGUUUUGAAUAGUAAGAUAUGGGAAUUACAAGAGUUUGAACAGCAAGUUUUCCAACCGUUAUUACUAAGUUACUAUGAUUUGAAACCAUUGUCCAAACGUUGUCUUUUGUAUUGUGCUACAUUUCCUAAAGAUAUUGUGAUUGUUAAGGAUAAGUUGAUUGAGUUGUGGAUGUCACAAGAUUAUCUUGAAGUCAAAGGGGGAAAUAAAGAAAAGACAACAGUAGGUCAAUGGUGUUUUGAGAACUUAGUAACGCGGUCUUUCUUUCAAGAUAUUGAGGAAGAUUAUGAGGGGAACAUUAACAGUUGUAAAAUGCAUGACAUCGUGCAUGACUUUGUGCAAUAUUUGACCAAGGAUGAAUGCUUUAGUAUGGUGGUUAAGGGUGCUAAUGAGAGAAUGGAGUUACCGAGUGAUGAGGUCAGUCAUUUGUCUUUAAUGUUUGCACCCGAGGGUCCAUUUCCUGUUUCUUCUCUCAACUGUAAGAGUUUGCGCACUCUCACAGCUUUUGAAUCGAAACUUACUAGCAUUGGCGUAGAGUUAAUUUCGCAAUCAAAAAGCCUUAGGACUUUGAAUUUGAGUGAAAACUCGAUUCUAGAAGUUCCAAAGGAGAUUGGUGGAUUGAUACAUUUGAGAUAUCUGGACUUGUCUCAAAACCGUGAACUGAAGGAAUUGCCCGACAGUUUAUGUGAUUUAUACAAUCUGCAAACGUUGCGGCUUGUCAACUGCAGUCAACUAGGCAAAUUUCCCGAUGAAGAGGCAAUGAGAAAGCUAACCAAGUUAAAGCAUCUUUAUGUCGAUCGGUGCUGUCGUCUAAAAUCAAAAGGGAUAGGGAGGUUAACCGGUCUGCAAAAGCUAGAUGUGUUUCAUCUAAAUGGUUAUAGGGGUGAGGACAAAGAAGGGACGUUGAAGUUGCAAGAUUUGGAAAACUUGAAGCAACUUGAAGGGAGUCUUUACAUUGCACACUUGGAGUCUGUGGAAGAUGCGAGUGAGGGUGUAAAGGCAUGUUUGAGUGAGAAACAUCUCCUUCAUCUGCAUCUAGAUUUCGUAUGUCGCAAGGCAUGUGAUAAGUGGGGGAGAGAAGAAGGGAGGGGCCAAAAUGAUAGAGAAAUACUGAAUGGGCUGCAACCACAUGGAGAUUUGGAAUUAUUGAUCAUCUGGAACUGUCAGCUGGCUACUUCUCCGUGUCCCAAUUGGAUCUUGUCUUUACAUAAUCUGACAAGGCUUGAGCUUGGGUACUUCCGUAAUUGUGAGCUGCUUUCGGGUCCAUUUGGGAGAUUGCCGUCGCUUGAAUCACUUGUAUUUUGGGAGAUGGAGAAAGUGAAAAAGGUGGGAGUGGAGUUUUUGGGAAUUGAAGAAAGUGAAUUACAAUCAUCCUCCUCCUCCUCCUCGUCUUCUCUUAUUUUAUUCCCCAAAUUGAAAAGCCUCCAGUUCUGGAAUAUGUACUUGUGGGAAGAGUGGGAAGGAGUGGGAGGGGAAGGAGUCCCUCCCCAGAAUAAUAUUACCAUAAUGCCCUCCCUAUCUCGCUUGGAAUUUCACUAUUGCUCCAAACUUGGUACGCUGCCCGACUUCCUGCGCAAGACACCACUACAGAGUGUGCAAGUCGUGUUUUCUCCAAAUCUGGGUGAUGAAGUCAGGGACAAAACAAGUGAGGAGUGGGCCAAGAUUUCUCACGUCCCAGACAUCCAAGUGAUUUGACAAGCUGUGGCGAUUUCAGGCGGCGAGUUGUUGAGUGGUCUUGUCUUCUAAAAGCAGGCGACAAAUCAAGCUGCAGGCUGUGAGCUUUCUUACUUCCUGGGCGUUACACUUGACAUGAGGUCACUUGAGCUUCUACCUCCUUUAGGGACAAUGAUAAUGACAUUGCCAUACCAACUGGCCCUGACUAAUGAGGAAUUUAGAAAUCUUUCUUACAUCCCAAACAUCCAAAUUGAUAAUGACCUCUGACUAUUGAGUGAGGAGCCCGCUUCCACCAAUCACAUCCACUCUUAUAUUCAGGGAUUAUGAGGGUCAAGCCUCCAAGUUGUAAUGGCUGGAUUCCCUAAGACCGAAUGCCCCCAUCCUCAGGCACUCCUUAAUGUAAUGCCUCAAGGAAAUUACUUUGGCUCCCACAGCAAGCUAAAAGCAUUUACAAUGGCAUUAGAAUUUCAAGCUGAUGGUUGAUAUAUCAAGUAGUUUACAAUCAGUUCUUUCUGUGGUUUGUUUCUGUCCUUGCCGGAUCCUCUUCCUCUCUUCUAUCCCCCAAGUUCACUUGGUAAGUCUUGACGAUACUUGUAGAACUUUUGACUUGUUUAAUUGGAGAUGAGAAAUUUGCACGUCUACAUGCUGGCAGGGAAUAUGUGCUUUGAAAUUAAACUCACCUACAAGAACUUUGGUUUUCCAUUUAAUUCAAAACAGUUUUUCCUCAAUGUUCUUUUGCUCAAGAAACUAAUUACUACCAAGAAAGGCUUGCAAGCAAACUCUUAUGUGGAGGGAAUAGGGAGGUCAGGUCUUUUUAGUUCUGAUGAUUGGAGUCCACUACAAGAUGAUCCCCAACCCUUAUAAACUACAGAGGAAUUCUUCACACUAUCUCGUACUGUACUGCUUAGAUUUAAUCUAAAAGCGUUUACAAUGGCAUUGGGAUUUUCAAGCUGACGACUGGAUAUAUGCUUUGGGAUGUCAUCAUAAGAUCAUUCAACUGUAGUCCAGCUAGAGAAAUUGAACCAUCUGCAAAACAGCAUUUUAUGUCAGAGGUUUAUCUAACAAUGAGAAUGCACCAUCAAGAAAACUCUGCACACAUUGAUGGAUUGAUGAGGUUCUUACUAAAGCAAGGCAUUUUGCUUCACGUAUCUCAGAGAAGUUAAUUAAGAGUGGACGUGUCCCUGAAUUCCAUUCCAUGGAAACACUGGGGAUGACCCUAAAUGGCUUGUAAACAUUGAACAGGAAGCUAUGGGAGUUUGUGAUCAUGAGCCGUCACGCGAGGAAGUUUGACACCAGAUUGUUUCGUUGGUUAUAUAUUUGUACCUAGGAAGGAAAAUAUUUAAGGCAACUAAAUAGUGGUGAAAUUGAUACUUACAUCAUUCAUCAUCAGGAUUGUGAUGAUAGUGUUUGUGGCUAGUACCCAAGACUGUUCUGUUAUGCCAUCUAGAAAUCGAACAAAUUGUUGUGUCGCUGAUGUUCUAUUGUUUUACAUGGACCGUAAAUUUUCCGCACCAGCACUUUCCACUGAACUAAGUGAAUGUGCAAUGAUCUUCAGAGACAUUUGAAAGCUGUUCUUUCUGUGAUUCAUCUUGCUGUCCCUACCGGAUCCUCCUCUGCUCUUCUAUCCCCAAAGUUCACUUGGUGAUGUGGUGCUGAAAACCUAUACAGCAAUUGCACAAUACAUGAGCAGAGGUGAAACUAAAUUGGAAAGCAAAGCUACAUCUUCGUUUGGGAAUUCUUUUUAUGCCUAUCUCACUCUAGUAUGGUGGUAAAACCUCAAACUGCAGAAAACCAAAGUUGUUCUGCCAGACUCCUUUAUGAGUAAACUGAUCUCUUCUCUUGAGGCUUCUGUUGUUUUCCUAGAGAGGAAAUUAUGAACCCAGCUAUCACUCAAUUAGACAUAAAAUUAGGCAAAGUUGCUGGCUACGUCUCAUCUCAUAGUCUGUAGUUUGCUGUGGAAUUUCUGCGUUGGUUCAGCUUGUGAACCAUUAAUUAUUUGCUUAGGUCGUCAAAUGCUUUGUAAAUAGAUGAUUUUGUGAUGUGGAUGAAGAGCGUCCUGAUUGAUUUGCUUGACCACCCACAGGUCCAGGCUGAUUAUUUCUGUUGUACAUCUUAUGAAUAACUUAAUAAAGUUUGAGGUAUUUCGUGAAAAAAUGAAAAGAAGGCUUUUUCUUUACUUA